AUGUCAUCGUAUCAUAAGCAACAACAAAUAGCUAUAAGAAAUGAAUCGAGAAAGAAACGAAAAAGUCCAAUAACUGAAGAACAACAGUUAGGUUAUCGAAAAAGUGAAUCAAAAAGAGGUAAGCUCGUCAAAAUGAAAACAUCACUUGCCUGUCAACUUAAUGAUGAUGAUAGUGAAGCUGUUGCAAAUCUUAGACAUAAUUAUUGUUCUACUUGUAAGGAAUUUUUUCUUUCAAUCAUAUUAGAUCAUAAAAAAAUACCUGAGGUUUCGUUUACUAUAAAUAUAUUGCAAGAGGUUCUAAAUUUCGUUUACCGAAAACAAGAACAGGUUACAUCACCCGAAAAUUUUGAGCCCUGA